GCUGCUGCUAUGUAUUCCUACUUCGUAUAACACUUUAAUUUAUUAAUUAAUUAAGGUUUGAGAAGGAAAUUAAAUGAUCAGUUGAUCUAUGGAUGCUAGAUCGAGCAUGUCGAAGUUUGAUCCUUACGAACACCUCAAGGUUUCCCUAAACGACGACGGCUCCCUCACUCGCUUCGUCCACCUUCCAUCUACCCCGGCGACCGGCGAAUGCCCGCCGUCCGUCGUCAAGGGACAAACCGCCGUGAGCAAAGACGUCAUCCUCGACGAGAAAAAGAAUACAUGGAUCAGGAUCUUCCUCCCCACACGAAUCCCAUCCAACGACAAAGCAAUCGCGAAGCUUCCGAUCAUAUUCUACUUCCGGCCGGGCGGCUGGAUUCUGUUCUCAGUCGCCGACACCAUGAUACACGAGAGCUGUAACCUGCUGUGCAGCGAGACUCCGGCCAUUGUGGUGGCGGUGGAGUACCGCCUGGCGCCGGAGAGCCGCCUGCCGGCGCAAUACGAAGACGCCGUGGAGGCGGUGAUGUGGGUGCGAGAGCAAGCCACGGCGGCGCGCGGGGACUCGUGGCUGAGGAACUUCGGCGACAUCUCUCGGUGCUACCUUUACGGGGUGAGCUCCGGGGCGAAUGUGGCGUACAACGCGGCGUUGCUCGCCGCGGAACGCGAGAUCGGGCCGCUGAACGUGGCCGGGGUGAUACUGAACCAGCCGCUGUUCGGCGGGAAGAAGCGGACGGAGUCGGAGAUGAAGCUGGCGGCGGACGAGUACCUGCCGUUGCCGGUGAUGGAUAUGCAGUGGGAAAUGGCGCUGCCGAAGGGGGCGGACCGGGACCACCGGUUCUGUAACCCGAUGGCGGCGGGCGAGGGAGCGGAGAAGCGGGCGAUGAAGAAGCUAGGGCGGGUGUUGGUGAUCGGGUUCGGGGGCGACCCGCUGAUCGACCGGCAGCAGGAGUUCGUGCAGAUGUUGGUGAUGAGAGGAGUGUCGGUGGAUGCUCGGUUCGAUGAUGCCGGCUUCCAUGGAAUCGACAUGGUCGAUUCCCGAACAGCUGCUGCCAUUCUCACUUUCAUCAAAGACUUCGUUUGAUCCGGCCUCUUUUAUAUACUCCCAUCUCCAUCAUUACUCUAUCUAUCCC